AUUACCCAUUCCGCAGGCGGUGGACACCACCCAUGGCGCGCACACCACGCGCCGGCGCUCCCGCCGCCUCCGCUGGCCCUUCCGCGCCGCGCCCCCUCCUCUGCCGCGUGCCCGCGCGCGCCGGCCGCGAGUGUGAAAAGAGCGGACACACCUAACUGCGCGCGCGGCAGGCGCGCACCCUGCCCACCCCCACCGGGCCGAAUCACGCAGUGCGACCCGGAUUCGCUCCUUCGGCCGAAACUCCCCACCCCCACUCCCCCCUCCGGCUCCGCCACUCCCGGCUUCGGGGCCUCUGCCAGCCUUCGGCAAUUUCCGUCGGGAGAUCCGGCGCUCGCCUAGGCCCGAAGACCCGCCGCCUCCUGCCCCGCCAGACUCGGCUUUAUGUCUGCGGCUCCGAGGCGCAUGCGCAGACGCCAUCUUCCCUCCUUCCCCUCCGCCUCCCCCUCCCCCCCGCCACCACCGCCUCCUCUCGCCGGCGGUCGCCCCUCCUCCUCCUGCGCUCCGUGCUGGUCCCUCCCCUCCCGAUGCCGCGAGAGACUGGGGGAUACGGUGAAGCCGGGGGAGCCGAAGAAGAGCACUAGUAACAACCACCACAGCCCCUUCCCCGCCCGACACCCUCCCUCGGCACCCACCCACUCCCCCGCCCCGUUUGCCGACACCAACCAACCCCACCUCGUUCCUUUGAACGGCGUCGGCUGCAGUCGCUGCACCAGCCCGUCUGGCCACCAACGCCGCCGAGAAAGGAGCCGCCGCCGCCUGCGGCCCCCUCCCGCCCGGUCGCGGGAGCAGCGGGGUGAGGAAGAGCCGGCUGCGGAGGAAGAGGACAAGAGAGGGUCGCACCCUCCGCCCUAGCGCACGUCCCGCCGCCCUCCGGGGAGGCUCGGGCGCCGGCCCCUUCCUCCCCGAGGACGUGUGCCGAGCCGAGGCUCCUGCCCUGAGGGAGGAAAAUGCUCGGGCUCCAUGGCUGCCAGUGAUGGAGCGGUCCCUGGGCUCCCGCUGCCACCGCCGCCGCCGCGCCCCGGCCGUGCUCCGCGAGGACCCGGCGUCUCUGCGCGCCCGCCCGCGCCUUGUUGCUGGGCUCACCGUACCGGGCGCCUCGCCGCCGCCCCGCUCGCAGCCGCGUCGCCCCGGCCCCAGCAGCGGCCAGCGUUUCCUCACCGAGCAGCCGCCGCGAGCCCAGGGGGUUUGAAAGGGUCUGCGGGGCGCGGGGGGAGGGCCGAGCGGGGCCAGGAGGGGAGGUUUGAGCGACACUGAGCUCGGUGCUCGCUGGCGGCGGCGGCCCCGGGGGUGGCGAGGGGAAGGCACUUGCUCGGCGCUGCCUCUGUGCAGAGCGGCCGGGAGGGCUUUGCAGCGGCCGCCGCCGCGGCGGGAGGAGGGGGCUGAGGCGGCUUCGGAGUUGGCCGGAGAAGGUGGGCAUUUCUCGCUUUUCCUCCCUUUCCUGCGCUCUCCCCCUCCCUCCUGCCCCGCACCCCACGUGAAGCGAAAUAUAAAGGGGGGUGUGAGGCUAGAAGGGAAAGUGAAUGGCGAAGGACUGAAGGGAUCCCCCCUUCGGGUCCCCGGCCGCCCUGUUCACCCUCGUUCAUCCUCCUUUCCGAAGCUCGCUCUCGAAGGCAGGAGCGACCGGCGCCUUCGGCUGAGGAGGAGGAAUCGCGCCAGGCGGAGCGUCAGGUCCCGUUUUCCUCUCCGGCGUCUCGAAUACAAAGAUUACGGUGCAGAAGGAAAUUGCACUCGUCUCCUCCGCGUCCCCGGUACCCAACACAAUGCACCAGCCGCCUGAGUCCACCGCCGCGGCCGCCGCCGCUGCAGACAUUAGCGCUAGGAAGAUGGCGCACCCGGCAAUGUUCCCUCGAAGGGGCAGCGGUAGUGGCAGCGCCUCUGCUCUCAAUGCAGCAGGUACCGGCGUCGGUAGUAAUGCCACAUCUUCCGAGGAUUUUCCGCCUCCGUCGCUGCUUCAGCCGCCGCCCCCUGCAGCAGCAUCUACGUCGGGACCACAGCCUCCGCCUCCACAAAGCCUGAACCUCCUUUCGCAGGCUCAGCUGCAGGCACAGCCUCUUGCGCCAGGCGGAACUCAAAUGAAAAAGAAAAGUGGCUUCCAGAUAACUAGCGUUACUCCUGCUCAGAUCUCCGCUAGUAUCAGCUCUAACAACAGUAUAGCAGAGGACACUGAGAGCUAUGAUGAUCUGGAUGAAUCUCACACGGAAGAUCUCUCUUCUUCGGAGAUCCUUGAUGUGUCACUUUCCAGGGCUACUGACUUAGGGGAGCCCGAACGCAGCUCCUCAGAAGAGACCCUAAAUAACUUCCAGGAAGCUGAGACACCUGGGGCAGUCUCUCCCAACCAGCCCCACCUUCCUCAGCCUCAUUUGCCUCACCUUCCACAACAGAAUGUUGUGAUCAAUGGGAAUGCUCAUCCACACCACCUCCAUCACCACCAUCACAUUCAUCAUGGGCACCACCUCCAACAUGGGCACCACCAUCCAUCUCAUGUUGCUGUGGCCAGUGCAUCCAUUCCUGGUGGGCCACCCUCAAGCCCAGUAUCUAGAAAACUCUCUACAACUGGAAGCUCUGACAGUAUCACACCAGUUGCACCAACUUCUGCUGUAUCAUCCAGUGGUUCAUCUGCAUCUGUAAUGACUAAUAUGCGUGCUCCAAGUACUACAGGCGGAAUAGGUAUAAAUUCUGUUACUGGCACUAGUACAGUAACUAAUGUUAACAUUACUGCUGUGGGUAGUUUUAAUCCUAAUGUGACAAGCAGCAUGCUUGGUAAUGUUAAUAUAAGUACAAGCAAUAUUCCUAGUGCUGCUAGUGUGAGUGUUGGGCCUGGAGUUACCAGUGGUGUUAAUGUGAAUAUCUUGAGUGGCUUGGGAAAUGGUACUAUUUCUUCCUCCGCUGCUGUUAACAGUGUUCCUAAUGCAGCUGCAGGGAUAACUGGGGGAUCGGUUUCAAGUCAGCAGCAACAACCAACAGUUAACACUUCGAGGUUCAGAGUUGUGAAGUUAGAUUCUAGUUCUGAGCCCUUUAAAAAAGGUAGAUGGACUUGCACUGAGUUCUAUGAAAAAGAAAAUGCUGUACCUGCUACAGAAGGUGUGCUGAUAAAUAAAGUGGUGGAGACUGUAAAGCAAAAUCCGAUAGAAGUGACUUCUGAAAGGGAGAGCCCAAGUGGGAGUUCAGUGAGCAGUAGUGUCAGCACACUGAGUCACUAUGCAGAGAGUGUGGGAAGUGGAGAGAUGGGAGCCCCUACUGUGGUGGUGCAGCAGCAGCAACAACAGCAGCAACAACCAGCUCUCCAAGGUGUGACCCUCCAACAGAUGGAUUUUGGUAGCACUGGUCCACAGAGUAUUCCAGCAGUUAGUAUACCACAGAGUAUUUCUCAGUCACAGAUCUCACAAGUACAAUUACAGUCUCAAGAACUGAGCUAUCAGCAAAAGCAAGGUCUUCAGCCAGUACCUCUGCAAGCCACUAUGAGUGCUGCAGCUGGUAUCCAGCCAUCGCCUGUAAAUGUGGUUGGUGUAACUUCAGCUUUAAGUCAGCAGCCUUCCAUUUCCAGUUUGGCUCAGCCGCAGCUACCAUAUUCUCAGGCGGCUCCUCCAGUGCAAACUCCCCUUCCAGGGGCACCACCACCCCAACAGUUACAGUAUGGACAACAGCAACCAAUGGUUUCUACACAGAUGGCCCCAGGCCAUGUCAAAUCAGUGACUCAAAAUCCUGCUUCAGAGUAUGUACAACAGCAGCCAAUUCUUCAAACAGCGAUGUCCUCCGGACAGCCCAGUUCUGCAGGAGUAGGAGCAGGAACAACAGUGAUUCCUGUGGCUCAGCCACAGGGUAUCCAGCUGCCAGUGCAGCCCACAGCAGUCCCAGCACAACCUGCAGGGGCAUCUGUCCAGCCUGUUGGCCAGGCUCAGGCAUCAGUGUCUGCUGUACCUACUGGCAGUCAGAUUGCAAAUAUUGGUCAGCAAGCAAACAUACCUACUGCAGUGCAGCAGCCCUCUACCCAGGUUCCACCUUCAGUUAUUCAGCAAGGUGCUCCUCCAUCUUCGCAAAUGGUUCCACCUGCUCAAACUGGGAUUAUUCAUCAGGGAGUUCAAACUAGCGCUCCAAGCCUUCCUCAACAAUUGGUUAUUGCAUCCCAAAGUUCCUUGUUAACUGUGCCUCCCCAGCCACAAGGAAUAGAACCAGUAGCUCAAGGAAUUGUUUCACAGCAGUUGCCUGCAGUUAGUCCUUUGCCCUCUGCUAGUAGUAUUUCUGUUACAAGUCAGGUUAGUUCAACUGGUCCUUCUGGAAUGCCUUCUGCCCCAACAAACUUGGUUCCACCACAAAAUAUAGCACAAACCCCUGCCACCCAAAAUGGUAAUUUGGUUCAAAGUGUUAGUCAACCUCCCUUGAUAGCAACUAAUAUAAAUUUGCCUUUGGCACAACAGAUACCACUAAGUUCUACCCAGUUCUCUGCACAAUCAUUAGCUCAGGCAAUUGGAAGCCAAAUUGAAGAUGCCAGGCGUGCAGCGGAGCCCUCCUUAGUUGGCUUACCUCAGACUAUCAGUGGUGACAGUGGGGGAAUGUCAGCAGUUUCAGAUGGGAGUAGCAGCAGCCUAGCAGCCUCUGCUUCUCUUUUCCCGUUGAAGGUGCUACCGCUGACGACACCCCUGGUGGAUGGCGAGGAUGAGAGUGCUUCUCUCCUACCAGAGGUGCAAGGAGUGAUCCUAGAACCACAGAUACAGCCAAGACCACGGAGAGCUUUUGACGUCAGGGGUCCACUUUCUCCACUGAACCCUUGGAGACAGAAUAUCCAGCUUCUGGAGAGAGUGGGAAAGGAUAAUAAACAAGUGGGUGCUUUCCAUUAUUUACUUGGGUUAAUUUAUAGAUUGGAGUGUCCUUCCAUUGCCCAUUUAAUUCUGUGGUAAACUCCUUGGGUUCAUUUAAGAACCAGGUGGGACUGCAAUCUGUUUUGUUUUUCUAAGAAUGCUAACUAGUACUCAUUCAAAAAUGAGACCUAAAAUUUAAUUUUCUCUCCAGAUAAUUAAAGCAGUGGAUGAUUUGGGGCACGUGAUUUGACGAAUGCCUAUGUAGUCCACAGGAAUUUUAAAAAGGGAAUAUCUACCCAUUUUGGCCUUUAUGGUAUUAGUGGACUUCUAAGUGCUCUUUUAUAUUCAAGUAAUUUAAAAGGUUCUGUAUCUCAUCUUUGGGCAAACUGGACAUUUGAAGUCUAAUUUAUACAGUCAGAUGUCCAGGUGUUAUCCUACCCUGUUAGUGAGAACCUUUUGGUCUUCUUUCUACCUCAAAUGUUAGGACUUCAUAUUAGAUCUUUUAAAAGAUGCAAUGAUAGUACUAUUAUGUUUUACUGUCAAUUCUAGGCUCCAUUCUUUAAUAAAACAUAAAUAUGAAUGAAUGUAAGUUUCAGGAUACAGUAUCCCUGAAAGCUAUGUUUAAUAUACUCAAAAGUCAUUUUCUAGUCCCUAGGAAUAAAUAUUUGUGGUAAAAGAACCCUUUCCUAGAUUUCCCCCAUGGCAUUAAGAUGGUUUUCUCUUAGUUUCUUUGAUGCCAAGGGUAGGAUUUGAUUCCAGGAAGUUCUUAUCACCUACAAUGGGUAGAAUGUGAACUUGUUACCUUUGGCAAGUUUUCAUUUUUCCUUGGUGGAUUCCUUCUGUGACUCUAGGUAUCUUGAUAAUGGGAGACUGGUUUAUUUGUUCUCUAAUUGCCCAGAUUUCUUUCAACUGGUAAAACAUCAUACUUCUUCAGCAAAAGGAAUUCUUCUAGCAGAGCCUUCAUGGAUGAUAUCUGUCACACAUGCCAGCACCUGCAGUUUGGAAGGCAGUGGUGAAUGGAUCCAUGCAAUAUGUCUAGAAGACACAAGGAUGAGCCAGCCACCUGAUCUUGUCAUUUAUAAACUUUUAAGAAUUACUCUGGUUUACUUUUGGUCUGAAAAUGGAAAGGCUCAAAUAAUGAAAUAAUCUUUUCAUAUUGGAAUUUUACAUGGCCAUGAAAAUAUUUCUUUCUAUUCAGAAGACUGAAAUAGAGGAAGCUUGAGAGACUCCUUUCUUUUAAAAGCAGCUCUCUGUAUCUGUUUCAUUUAAAACAUUUGUGGGAUUGAAAAUCACCUUAAUGAAGUAGGCAAACAUUUUUUUAGGUAGUAGAGGAAGUCCAAAACUUAAUGAAAUGGUUUUUUUUGAUGCCUGACACUGAAAGUAACUAGUAAAUAAAGGGUGAACUUCUUAAUUAUUUGAAAACUGCUUUUAAUAUUAGGAUAUACUCUUUUAGCUCAUCUUUGCUGGUCUUGAGCCUUAUAAUUGUCAAAUCAACAAGGUUUCUAAUAGAGAAGUAGAAGAAAUAUCUUUUGAGAUGUAAGUAGCUUGGUCUGUCUUCUAAAGUAAUACAUACCUGUUAAAGUUGAGGUAUUUUUUUCAUACUGAAGGCAUUCUAAAGUUUGAAUGGUACUGUCACAAAACAGUAGUUUACAGAGCAGAGGCACUUAGUAUUAGAAUAAGCCUAUAGGUGUGAAGGAAUAAGUGUUGCAAAAUAGUUAUUUAUCCAAGCUAUCAAUUAAUUGAUUGAAGUAGUUAUCAAAAUGUUUCUGUUUCUCUCUUUCUUUGAUAUCUAUUAACUGGUCAGUCAAAGGCUAUUAAAGAACAUUUUUAAAGUCACCUAAUGCUGCCAGUUUGUUAAAUUUGGUAUACAUUUUAAGAAUAGACAUUCUGGAGUUAUUAAUAUGGAAGCAGCUAAAAUGUUUUAGGAAAUCUCAAAAGUUUUAGAAGCCACAUUUGCAAAAGCAUAACCUGCACUUAGUCUUUCUUGGCUAUCUGUAUUUUUUUCUCAUUAAUUAUAAAUAAAUUUUUGUAAGUAUAGUACUUAAAAGUAAGUUUAAAGGUUCAAUUUGAACUGAAAUUCCCCCAGAGAGCUUUGAAUUCCCAUAAAUGAUUACAACUUUUACUCCCGACUUGUUUUUAGUAAAUGUUAAUAAGACAAUUGGUUUACAAACACAUAUGAAUUAAAAAAACAACUGUCCAUCAUUUUAGGAAGAACUGAAGGAACUUAAAAUGAGAUUUGCUUGGAAAUUAAGUUAGUUGAACUCUUUGAACCACAGUAGAAACCACGUUGUGUGGCCUGUGAGAUUAUAAGCUUUUUGUUUCAGCUUUGAAGAUGAAAAGUGAUUUAAUCUCUUAAUCUCAUGCUUUGAUUGAAUUUUAGCUCUGUUCCUUAAAAUAUGCAAAAGGAAAUGUAAGUGCAUUUCUAGUCACCUCAUGCCACUACGAGCUAUUUAUUUAAAAGUGAAACUUUUUGUAUAUUAUUGUGAACUGAUUUGUUUAUUUAAACUUUUAUUUUGGUGAAUUUACCUUUGAGUUUUUUUUAUAUUUUAUGUCACAAAAUGAAGUCCUAUAUUUUUCAGUGUUUAUGAAUAUUAAUAUAAACUAUUUUUUUAGAAUGACUAAUUGUGUAAUAUCUGUAUUAUGUGAUAAUUUGAAAUCUAAUAAAUAUUUUCUCCAUGAAAAAAA